AUGCCUUAUAAUACCCGUCGCAAGUCACUGUCGCUCCCCUCUUUGGGAAUUCAGCUUCCGAACUCGUCCCGCCGCUCUCCGUCCACUUCGAAAUCGCCGCACGCGACUGACGACCAGCUGCCUCCGUCCAAAAAAGUAAAACGGUCGCACGAUUCAUCUUCAUCGCCGGAACCUUCAAGUACCACUGCGCGCUCUACGGAUAGCAAAGCUCACUCGACGCCUCUCCGUACCUCUGGCCGGCGCGGGACUUUGGAGCAAACGCCACCUCCCUCCCCUACUGAUGGCGCGGUUGCCCCCAAGAUCGACACAGAAGGCAUAAACGAUGAUAUCGUGGUUGGAGUCAUUCAACAGCUGGAAAAGACUGGAAAUCGUCCUCACCUGGUCAAGGAGCUGGCUGCCGUUCUUAUUGCACUCAAUGACAAUGUCGCAAACUCUGCCAAUCCCGCAGCUCUUCUAUCUUCACGGCUAAGCGCGUACAUGAAGCGCCCUUGGACUGCACUAGCGCCCUGCCCUCUGGCCAAACAAUUGAUCCCUAUUCACCCACGCAAGGUGUACUACUUCUUGACCACCAUGACCCGUCAAGCCAUUCCGGAGAACUCGGACGAUGUCAUCAUUCCCGGUGUAGAAGGAAAGGACAUGACGCCUAGCGUGACAAGCAUUGAUCUUGACGAGGAAGACGCGUUGGCCCGGGAGCGGUCGCGCCUCAGCCCUAGUCCUGAGGUCGACCUGUCCUCCCCUGACUUCGACGAGGAACACAUUGAUUUGGAUGGACGCGCGGGUUCUGCCAGCACCUCCCGGUCGGGCACCGAGUUCGGAGAUCAUCAUACUCGAUUGAUGCAUUCGAACCGAGCUGCAUCCCCACCAUUGGAAGGUGAUGAGAAGGAGUUCACACAAACAGCAAGUGCUGUUCGUGAGCGAGCUUCCGAACAGAAGGAAGCACAGCAACAGCCUUCUGUCACACACUUCUCAGCGCUAUCGGAAGGUCUCAAUGAGUUGCACGAGGAUAACAUGAUUAUUUGUGGCACCCCCGUGAACGACAGCCACCUUUCAUUCAACAGCGACCGUAUGGCCGACGAACCUACCCAUGACUACUUCUCUCGUGGCGGUCUCUCCGAAGUCUCUCCUCUCCAAGGCCACCUCCAACAGCAGGAUCUUGACGAGGCAGCCGUGGCAGCUCUGUUCGGUACUUCUCCGUCACCUUCUCUUACUUCCGUAGCCUCCUCUAUCUCGUCUGGCACGAGUGUGGCUUCGGACGAUGGAUUGGAUGGCGAGUCUCAGUCAGAAGCGAUUGGACGUGCCCCCCAGAUCAGUCUACCCGACGAUCCGAACGUGCCCUCUGUCUCGGCACUGAAGCGACCUAUCGACAUGUUGAACAGUGAAAUGCCUGACCUGGACAUGAAAAUGGCAGAUUUGGCUGAGCACGAAGUCAAGGUGUCGCUGGGUGUUCGCGCGCUGCCUCACUCGGACGGGGCCAUGGUCUUUGACUCGUGGCGAGAGCUUCAAAGUCCGGAAACGGUCGACGUCCACGAGCUCGACGAGAUGUUUGACGAUCUCUAA